AAGUUUUAAACGUGAUUAGCGAGCAUUAACGCUAUUAUUGUUAUUUGUUUCUGGUACACUCAAUUUCAUUAAUUCCUUCACUCAUGAAGUUGCGUCGUCGUUGUUAUGUCAUGUGUCUAAAUAUUAUUGGUGCAACUUCACAUGUAAAUACUCUAUAAAAUUGAAUGUUUUGUUUAUGAAACGAUAAAAACUGGCUGAUAUGAUCUGUCAGUAAUAAAUCAAGUACGAUUACGCAUAAUCAAGUUAAUUUGUAACACAAAUAUUUAUGAGAAAAUACAAGUGUAACUCAUACAUACGUAAUAUUUCCAUAUAUUUACGAAUCUAAAAGAAUUUAUUAUCUACUUGUGUUAGUACAAUUUUAUUAUUUAGGAAUUUUGAUUGGUUUCCCUAACUCUCAUUCAUAAUUCUUUUUAUUUCGCGAAUGCUUAAGGAAAUAACUAUGAAAAAAUACUUGUGUUUUAUAACAUAUAUUCAAGGUUCGGAAUGUUGCUCUUGUAUAUCUAUAUAAUCUUGUCACGUACACAAAAUGAUUUGUAAAAAGGUUUAACAUGUCAAUUCUGCUGCGGUUUGCUUGGGAUAUUUCAUUACAAUGAGAAAUCAACAUUUCCACUCACGAGAAGAUAGGUCUUUAAUCGACGCAUUAAUAAACUGUCUGGACGAAUCGAUAAAAAAACACCGGUGUGAGCUACUGGUGCAGCAAUAAAUUUGCUAACUGCAACUUCUGUUAAUUCAUUGGGUAUUUUCGACGAGCAGAAACGAAGAUCAAAAUGAUGACUUGUUGGGUCCUCGUCGGGGUUCUCGGUGUCAUCGUGUUUCUAUAUGGCCUUAUUGAAUUCCACUAUUUUGUGCGCAUGCUCUUCACCAUCAUCUACGCACGUUUUUGCAAGAAGAGAGUGAACAUUCUCGAUGAAACUGUGGUUUAUGGAAUUUGCACAACCACUGAUAUAGAUACUCUUUUAUAUCACAUGAACAACACGAGAUAUCUUCGCGAGCUCGAUUUUGCGAGAGCUGAUUUUUUCGAAAGAACAGAACUGUAUCGAGAGAUUUGUUCCCAAGGAUCAGGUUUUCUACAGGGAGCUGCUACUAUACGUUACAGACGUUUUAUUAGACCACUAACAAUCUUUAAAAUAACGUCUAAGAUUAUUUAUUGGGACGAAAAGGACGUCUUCAUGGAGCAUCGAUUCAUUACGCCGAGCGACGGUUUUAUAAGAGCCAUAGCAAUUUGUAAGCAAAGACUUCUUAACUGCAACGCUGAUGCUGUUAUCGGCGCUUUAAUAAACCGUAGAGUAAAGCAAAAUGGAAAUAUCGAAGCAGGUGUGACGCAGAUAUCUGUCGUGCGGCCAGAAAUGCCACUAGAAGUGAGCAAAUGGAUCGAGAGCAAUGAGAUAUCCUCAGCAAAACUGAGGAAUGAAUCGAUUACGGUAACAACGCACUGCUGACAAAAAGAUGAGACAGCAUCAAGCAGUGAUGCUGUGAUAAACAAUGUUGCUGUGAUGUAUGCAACUACGACUGUGUAACAAUUAUGUUAGGAAUGCUAUAUUUUUAUUCUUUUUAACCAUCAGAUGGUAUCCUAAGUUGAAUUCCGGAAAGAAAUCAAGUAAUUAUGAUGUUUUCUGUAACUUGUAACUUCUUUAAGCUUUUCUCGAUAAGCUCAUGUAAAUUAUUUUGUAUAGGUUUCAAAUUCUUGCUAUUAUUACUAUUUGAAGUAAAAUAAUUGUUACUCUUAUU